AGAGCCCCGCCAGGCAGCCUGCUGAAACUGGGCACAGUCUCCCGUCCAACAGCUCGUCUCUCUUGUUUCCUUCAGAUGAUGCCUUGGAUUUAGCCAACCCACACAAGUGCUAUGAAUAAGACACUGGACAAAAUACACACUUCUGGAGGACUCGGACAGAAAGCAGAGAUUUUUCAGAGUGGCAAGGGUAAUGAGAGUGUCUUCCCCAGCCCAGCAAUCAUCCCACUGGAAGAUCCUUCACUCACUCCAAAUGCUCAGAGGACUGGGACCAAGUUUUGCAAGGGGAACAGGAAUAUCAGAGAGGGCGAGGACUCUUCAUCUUCCUCUGUUCCAAACCCCUUUCCUGAACUUCUACCUCCAACUGUUUCUGGCUCCAUCUCUGAAUGUUUAUUGCCUUGGACAAAACCGAAUGCAACUCAGGUGAUAAAAGUGUACGAUGAAAACAACACCAGCAAGGCUGUGGAGGUACCCACAGAUGUCACCGCUAGGGACAUAUGCCAGCUAUUUGUACUGAAGAAUCACUGCAUUGAUGACCACAGCUGGACUCUUAUUGACCACCUCACUCAACUAGGAAUAGAAAGGACCAUAGAAGAUCAUGAAUAUGUUAUGGACGUGCUAUCAGGCAAUGGGAUGGAAACUGACAGUCGGCUGUAUUUUAGGAAGAAUUUUGCUAAAUAUGAAUUCUUUAAGAAACCGCUGGACUUUUUCCCAGAUCAUAUGGUUUCCAUAUCAACAGAAAGCAAUGGCAUUGUGGAUCACUCCGAGCUUAUUGAGACCUUCCUCAAAUCCAGCACUUGUCCUGAGAUCCAUGGCCACCUUCAUGUCAAAGAGCAAAGCAAGAAGUCCUGGAAGAAGUUCUAUUUUGUUUUACGGAGGUCAGGGCUUUAUUUCUCUACCAAGGGAACUUCUAAGGAACCAAGGCAUCUCCAGUUCUUUGCUGAUUUCGCAGACAGUGACGUCUACACUGUUUUAUCAGCCAAAAAAGCGCACGGAGCACCAACAGAGUUUGCUUUCUGUGUCAAGGCUACAAAGUGCAGUUCAUCUCGUGAUUUGAAACUGUUUUGUGCGGAUGAUGAGCAGACCAAGACCUGCUGGAUCACAGCCAUGCGCUUGUUAAAGUUUGGAAUGCAACUUUACCAAAACUUCAUUCAGCCUCAUCAGAAGCAAAAAGUCUCACCAAUGAGAAGCAUCUCUGAGAAUUCGCUGGUGGCCAUGGACUUUUCUGGUCAAAAGACACGAGUGAUUGAGAACCCAUCUGAAGCUCUCUCUGUGGCUGUGGAGGAAGGCCUGUCAUGGAGGAGGAAAAGCUGCCACCGUUUGAGUGGUCAUGGGAGCCCCUCCUCCGCACAGAGCUCAGUUCCAAACCUAGCAAUCCACUUGGCUCAGCCGUGGUUCCAUGGAAAGCUGUCUCGAGAAGAAGCUCAGCAUUUAAUUACCCAGCAGGGUCUUAUUGAUGGAGUGUUUCUUCUAAGGGACAGCCAAAGCAACCCAAAGACGUUUGUUCUCUCACUCUGCCACAUGCAGAAAAUCAAACACUUUCAGAUUCUACCAGUGGACAAUGAAGGGGAGCUGUUCUAUACUUUGGAUGACAGUCACACACGAUUUACUGAUUUGAUCCAGUUAGUGGAGUUUUACCAGCUAAACCGUGGGACUCUCCCCUGCAGACUGAAGCAUCACUGUAUCCGGAUCACCCUGUGAAAUGGACACUCAAAACUCCCCAAUGGGCCCUUUACUCUGGAUUCUGUUGGACAAUUUUUUGCCUUGCAGAAGAACAACAUAGAAACCAUAGUUUUCACAAUGUGGGACAUUCUCCCUUUUUCUAUUUCUCUUUCAGGAAAAGCCAGCUUUCAGAAUGAACUGUAUGACUGAUAAAUUGCAAAUAAGAUUAUUUUUUAACUCAGUUGUGUUUCUACAUGUAUUUGGAAAUCUAUUUUGGACAGCCUAAUCAUGAUGUUUUGCUCUAAACAGUGUGAAAUUGUAUCACUUCAUAAUAUCAUUGAAACGUUUUUUUGUAAUAGCUGAUUUUCUAAUGGUGUGCACAUACAAUAUUGCUGAAACUCCUUUAAACUCUGCAACCACAAACUUUGGAGUUUGUUUUUUUUCCGCGGUAUGCCGACAUGCACAGGAGAAGUGGUUCUGAAAAUGUAAAAAAAAACAAACAAAAAAACUGUGAAUUAUAGUCCAGAAAAUAUGGUACAGUUGCAAAUGCUUUGGAAGAUGUAUAAUUACUAACAUUUUCACAAAAUAGCUUGUCCCAGUCAGAUUGGAUGGAGCACUUCUGUAAGCAUUGAUAUGUUUUAUAACAUUAAUAUGUUUUAAUUUAAACUAUUCCAUUGCAGCCCUGGCAGUACGUUUAGGGCUUUUAUCCUGCUGAUGGGUGAAUCUCUGGCUUAGUUUGAAGUCUCUUACCAGUUUUCAGUGACCUCAUCUGACCACAGCAUAUUUCUUCCAUUCUUUCACAUUUUCUGUGUCUCUUAUAUGUCUUGAGGAAAACUCCAAAAAAAACUUCUUAAGAUUUUCUCCUUGCCAAUUUUCUGUAAAACCCAGAUUUGUGGAACAUUUAACAAAUAUCUUCCCUGCCUUCAGAUUAUCCCACCUGAGCAGUGGAUCUCUCCAAUUCUUCCAAAGUUACCACCGGACUCCUAGUUGUCUCUUCUGAUUAAUGCACUUUUUGCCCGGCCUGCAAGCAAAGGUGGAUAACCAUGUUGAUUUGUAGUAUUACCACAAUCUUUUUAUGUCUCGACGAUGAUAUGAAAAGAUAUCAGACCUCCAAAGCUGUAUACUUGAUCUGUCUGCUUUUUCUUGGUCUUUCUGAUGUUUGUCAACAAAUGUUUUCUAACAAACCUCUUCAGUUGUUGAAUCAAAUUAAGCACAUGUGAACACAAUUUAUCAAUUUGUUGACUUCUGAUCGUGAUGGAUUCCACCAUUUUUAUUUUUUUUAUGGGCACUAGAUGGUUGCUGAGAACAAUUACAUGCCACAACUUAAAAAAAAAAGUGCAAAAAAAGGCAAGCCUGCAAGAAAACUUUGAGUUAUGUGAAUCCCAAUAAAAAUAUAUUAAAGUUUGGGAUUUCUAAAUCACAAAAAAGUAGAAAACAAGUUCAGGUGAAUAACUAUUUUGAAAGGCAUUAUAAACAUGAUUCAUAUCAAAUAAAGAAACAUAAUUAAUUGGAUGCAUGCAGUUCUGAAAACAUCAAUAAGAACAAGUUUCAGCUGUUAAACAUAAAUAGGUCUAUUUUUUCUUGUUUUUGUACCUCUCAGUGUCCAGGAUGUUUUUGGCUGUUUUUUUUUGUUUAGUUGAGAGAAACAGCCUCUCAAGAAAUAGAAGAACUAGUACAGCGUUUUCAGCUGCAAAACAGAAAUAAAAGGAAAAUGGUGAGAAAAGUUAGUCUUUCUGUAAUUACUACUAACCUUCCUCAAGAACAAGAGCAACAAGGUGCAUCUUACAGCUUUUUCCUUUCAGCCAUCAUGAAGAAAUUGUGUAUAACCGAUUUUGAUCAUACUGAAUUCACCUGUAAAAUAAAAAAAGUUUGUUCUUUUUGUUUUCUCACCUGGAUUGAUUGUAACUUAAUGCUGUACAGCCACUGUAGAUCACCACUUAAAGGAAGUGUCAGAAAUGUUUUGGUCAUGGUUGUUUGUAUGCCAUUAGCCUUCCUGUAUAAAAUUUGCAUAAUUCAA